UGUAGCAAACAGUAACGAACAACCACACCAGCUACGUUUCUUUAAGUGAUUCAUUAAUUUCAUACAAACAGGGCGACAAAGGAUGCAUUAAGCAUAUUAGCUAUGUCAUUUACAUUUAACUCAUACAUUUAACGUACAUAGUUAACGUUUUAUUGGUCAAUAACAGUUUAGUCUUCAACCUCAAAAUUUCUGAAACGAAUAUGUAUUACAGCAGACCAACUCUCAUUUCUAAUUGGCAUUACAACAGAGAGGCAGAGCCCAAGGACUAUGACUACAAAGCUUGUCCAGAGGGUAAGAAGAAACUCAGCAAAUCAACAUACAAACACUUUGGGACCUACAUGGAUGAUGUUUGGAGAACCACCACAGAAAGCCAAAUGUCUCAGUGUCUGCUAAAGAACAAGUAUGAACCAAAGCAAAUGGUGGAGGCUGAACACUUCCAGUCAGCAGUCUUUGAUAGACGUACAGUCAGCAGAGAUACAGCAGGACACGUGAUUGAUGUGACGAAUACCAUACUGCCACGCCAUCGUCCAGGACAUAACCAAGUAGAGUUUUACUCCACAUAUGCAUUGGAGUACCAGACCCCAUGGGACUACAGGAAAGAGACGAGUACCAUGAAGAGCCCAACUGAUAGCAGCCCUGACUACAGGAAGCCCCGGUCCCAGUUCACAGACACGGCCGACUACCGUCGCGUGGGAAGGAACACAUGGCAGGAUGAGAGUGGGGUCUAUAGUACCCAGGGAGGCACAUCCAGGGCCCAGGGUCAGAUCUCUAACCCUGUCUGCCCCUAGAUCCAUCACCUUCCUUCCACCAGAAACAACCUGGCCUGCCUAUGGUUCUCACAUUAGUGACCACAGACUAUCUACAAAAUGUUUUCUCUUUCUUUCUCCACUAACUAGUUCUGUUAGUCUUUUUUUUUACUUUAAUAAAGCACAUAUUGCUGGACCUUUUGGUUUUCCUAGAAUACUUAUUUGCUUGGUUUGAGUGGAAGCUAAUAUACUGCUGUCCUCACUAUUUGGGUUACAUCCCUCAGUGUUUAAUUUUGUCUUCAAACAUCUGCUAUCUCUCUGUCUGAGCCUUAUGAUCUGCUUUCCUAUUGCUUUCUC